AUGGAAGCAUCUCUCGCUUGGUACAGCAACGCCAAGAUUUGCACUGGAAAGCUGGGGGAUCACGCCCUCGACAUUCACGCUUUGGCUGCUAUCGGUCACCGAUUGAAGGAGCAUGCCGAUCGAUUGUUCACUGAAGAAACCGAGGCAAAAGUAGAUUUCCUAGACCUGGGCAAUAAUGCAGAAGAUUUUUGGCCGAGUUGCAUUGGCAGUGUGCAGCGGUUGAGAGAGCAUUUGGGGCUUUUUCCUUGCCCAAGUCGACAUGGCCAUCGUUGUAGAUUUUUGUUUUUGCAUGCGGCCCAUUCUAGGGAUAGGCUGAAGAUCUCCCAGGAAAUGCUCAUGCUAUCCUUCUCACACCUUCAGGUUGUACCUGAAUUUAUUGAUUUUCUCUUUCCUUUUGGCUUUCAAGAAAACGCUGAGGACUUCUACUUCAGUGGAUUUCGUCACAAAACACGAUUGCAUGAGCGUUUGCCGAACAAAGCUCCUACAGCCCGUUCGGUUGUGGGGGACUAUCAAAUCUGUUGGAAUUUGAAGUCUGUCGAGCCAUCGGAUUCCGAAGAAUGGUCUAUUCGCCAUUGCGCUGUCCAUCAUUCAUUCCACAUGAAGCAGGGGCAUCUGGAUAAGUCAGAUUUCAAAUCAAUGGACCGAGCCUUCGAGGCAUCAUUAGAGAUACACCUCAUGUUUUGUGGCUGGUCAGCCGAAAAUUGGCGAUGGUAUAUUAACUACCUUGAGGACAAAUUCCAACAAAUGACUCGGAGGGCCUUCUCGGCGCCUGUUCGUGUGCCCAUAAUUCCUGCGACAGAUACGGAGCAGUUUUCGCCAAAACCGCGCACCAAUACGGGGGGAACGGAGAGAUCCAAGUUUUCAAUGUUCUCCUGGACACAGAGUCAAUCGAUGGAAAAGAGUUCCCCCACAGCAGUCAAGAAGCAACAACUACCCACUCCUCAGACUUUUAUGAGCCAAGGUACUGCAGUCUCUCAACCCUUGCCUCCGGAUGACGACGACGACGACGACGAUGACGAUGACAAGGAGCUAGAGGUUCCGCUAGCAUCGACGGAUAUCAAAAUUGAUGAUGAAAAUCGAGAUUUCUCGUUUGGCAAGUUGCGAAAAGUUCACCAAAUUGCAGAGAAAGUCAAUGAGGCUAUUUUGGUUCUGAAACAAAACAUCAGCGUUCUUGCUCAACUGAGACAAUAUUAUAGAUCGCUCCCAAGGCGUAAGGGUUUCCCGCAAGAUUUGGUGGACAGCUGCAAGAGCGCGAUUGAUGGUUUCGAGUUCACCCUGGAAGGAUUAGAAAGUGACAUGAAUUCACAAAUCCUGAGGCUUGAAACAUUGCUGCGUCUCCUGGAAGACCGCAAAACUUUGUUACGGAACGUCCUCGAGUACCAAAACACUCAAGCGAACAAGUAUUCAACAAAGAGCAUCUUCACGAUGACCGAAGAUAUGAAUGAUAUUGCUCGCAAAACGAAGAUCGAAACCGUUUCGAUGAAGGUCAUCACGCUUGUGACCUUGUUCUUCCUACCUGGAACAUUUACCUCUGUAGGUCACCAUUUUCUUGUGACACUCAUGAGCACAAGUAUUUUCCAACCGAACGCUUCAGACAAUUCAAAAUCAGAGGGCCCAAAUCCUUACGCCCAUCUCAAUCCUUUGCAAAUAUACCUCAUCCUCAGUUUGCCUCUCACUGUUGUCACGCUUCUCUUCUGGGCAGGCUUCCACUUCUGGGAGAUGCGGCAAGAACAGCGGAAGAAGAGAAGGCAUAAAGCGACUGGCUGGCAGGUCUGA